CUUGAGGCACAUAUACAGUAGGUCUAAUUGGAUCAUCAAGAGACUUUUACUUUUGGUAGCUAUGUUUUAUCCCCCUGGUAAUUACCGCGUCUAGUAAUCUUUUUAUUAUUUUCUGACCAUUGAGUUUCGUUUUCAGUGAAUGCGGUGCCUUCCAGGAAUUCCGGGUUUAUAGUUUACAUACAUUAUAUUUUUACGAUAACUUGCAAUUCAAAAUUAAAUAUUAUCUGUCCAACUUAAACAUACACUCAGCCGUAUACAGACAAAAAUGAUAGCAGCAACCUUAAUAGUGUGCAUUGAACUAUUUUAACACACUUUGAAGGACCAGGCCAGGAUUCACGUGUUUGAUUAUUUUAAGAGUAUGACCCGAUUUUUUAUAAUCAUGUCGCCUAGAAGGGGUAGCGUCCAGGGUCAAGGGGUAUGUUGUGUGCAGGUUCACCUAUCUGGCAUAAAAAAUGGCAGGAGUGGUGCGGUUUGGCGGUUUGUAUCCCUGGAGGGGGCCCGGUGUUCUUAUGAGACAAUGGAACGGUAGUUAGGUACUUACCAGCCCAACAGCCAUAUACGGCUAUGCGCACCGUUCACCCACAUACUCUUCUCAACCAAUAUGAAGAAACCGAAAGUAGCCCGGUGUUUGUGUCUCAGUGCGCUGCCUCGCUCCUCCGCAGAAGCCGUUUGAGGACAGCAUAGAGGGGAGCGCCUCGGCCGGAUGACAACAUACAGGAUCGAUCAUAUAGCGCAGCCAUGCAGGACUGCCCGGCAGGGGAUGGGGAGCAUGGAGGAGAACCGAACCAGCCCUCUGACAUCGAAGAGCUUCCAGAUGUUGAAGAAAUGGAAGAAUUCCUGGCUACAUUCACAGACCAAGAUUCCCUCUUUGAGUUGGCCAAGAGCAACUCUGUCUCCACAGAAGUCCAAGAAACCCCAGACGCCAACACAGGUCUCGCCGGCGGAGAUGCAGUGGUUUCGGCGUCCGAUCCAGAGAGUGCAUCGACUACCCCCACUCCUCCCUCAAGUAGCCUGCCGCUCCGUCCACCCCUCCAGAUGCCUCUUCAGUUCAUCACCCUGGGUCACGCAGGUGGAUGUCAGUGUCCCACUGUCACCAUUUCUCAGCAUUCCCUGAUUGCCCUUGCACUGUCCGGUUCGGCCGCGAGCACAACAACAUACAUUUUGGUGCCGACUACGUCACCACCCCCUGUCCCGACUCCUUCCCCCGCGCGCGAUGCGGUGGCUCCCCUCCUCCUGGUGUCCGCUCCACAAGGGUCCAUCUCAGGCGAUGCUGGGGCAGGCCCGGCCCCCCAGUUCCCCCCCACUGAACGCGUUGAGGAUUACAUCGUCAAGGCAAAAGCUCAGAUGGAGAAAACCUGCCUGCAGCUGGAGGGGGGUCUCAGCCUGCGCUCCCAUUACGUGGACACGCUCCUGGUCCUGAGGGACGUCCUGCACUCGAGGAAGAAGGGCGGCGCGUGCCUGGAGGAGCUGCUGGCCCACAUGGGGGACACGGCCAGGCAGAAGGCCUCCCUCCGGCGGAGUCAGAUCUUUGGGAGCUCAGCUGGAUCCAAACCCAACCGCUCGGUACUGGUCCUUGGCCACGCCGGGACAGGGAAGACGGCCCUGAUCCAGAGCCUGGGCCUCGACUGGUCCACUGGCUCCUUCCCCCAGUUUGACUUCUUCUUCGUGUUGGACGGUAAAGGCCUCGCUCUGACCAAGCCCGCCUUCAGUCUGCCGACCAUGCUGCUGGGGGGUCUCUUCCCGGGGAGACCCCUAUGCCUGGACCCCCAUCAGGUCUUCAGUCGGGUCGCCGCGGCCCCCCAACGCGUCCUCGUUGUUUUCGACGGCUUCCAAGAGGCUUGGCACCUGGAAUCUCUGCUGCAGCCUCUCGACAAGAGCCUCGUGGCCGACCUCCAGAAGGACACCAGGAAACAGGCCUUCACCGUGAGGGAGUUAUACUCUGCCCUGCUCCAGAGGGCUCUGCUGCCCGGCUGCACCCUGAUGAUCGCGGCUCGGCCACGGGGAGCCACCGGCAAUCUCAGGCGCUGGGCUGACAGUCUCUUUGAGCUCGGCGGAUUCAGCCCUACAGAGGCCGACGGAGCUCUGUCCCGGUACUUCAGCGAACCGACCAGCCACAGCAACGCCCUGACCCGGCUACAGGGCAGUCCAUAUAUGUCCAGCCUUUGCUGGAACCCGGCCCUCUUUCGUCUGGUGUGUUUUGUGCUGGAACAUUGCGACCAUCGCGAGACCCUUCCCGACACUCUCAGCGGACUUUGCCAUCGAGCCUUGAGACUAAAGUUGGCGCGGCAGUUUGAGGACAGGAGUAGCCACGAUCCGUCGCCGGCGCCCUCGCGGGUCAAGCUCGAGAGCACCGUACCGCGGGGAAGCGGGAGUCUCAAACACGUAAAGGUUAAGAAAGUCAGACAAAAGAGGCUUACCCGCUCCUGCAACCGAGAGGCCAGGACUACAGGCGACAAAGUGAAAGAGAAGGAGCGAAAGAAGAUAAAAUCGAACGGCGGGAGAGACGAGGAAGGGCUGUUGGCUGAACUGAGCCGCUUGGCGUGGGAAGGGGUCCGACAGAAUGACCUCGUCCUUCCUCCAGGAGGAGGCUCCGCGGCUACAGCGAGGGAGGUCGGCCUGAAGGCUGAACUCUUCCACGCCCUCCAUCUAGGGGGGAAGCCGAAGGGAGGCUCACGACAGGGGGAGGGAGGAGGGCAGGCAGGGCAGAUGGAGAGUGCAGAUGCAGAGGGCCAUGCAGGAGGGGAAGGAGGAAGAAGGGGGAGCGAAGAAAGGAAAAACCCCAGACGAAGGACGAAGAGCGAUGAGGUUUUUGAGGAUGUGAGUGAGGGUAGCCACGUUCUGUCAUGGUCGAACCCUUUCCUCCAGAGCUUCCUGGCAGGUCUUCACAUAUCAUCCACAAGGAAGACGUCUGGACUCCUGAAGACCUUCCCCAUGCAGGUCGGCCUGGGGAGGGGUCGGCGACGGACCCACAAGGAGGAACUGGACCUUGUGCAGAGGUUCGCCAUCGGGACUCUCUUCCUGCGCGCCGGCGUCUCCCGGGAGUCCCCCUCCAAGCAGUCCGUCCUCGUCAAGCACCUCAAGGGGCACCUGGGCCAGGCUGACCAUGGCGCCGCCCACCUGUUGGAGGUGUGCCACUGCAUCUACGAGACCGGCAUCAGCCGCGCAGACACCCACUGGGGCACGCUGCUCGCCGGGGUCCUCCCAAAGGAAAUGAGCUUCCGGGGAGUGAGGAUGUGGCCGUCCGAUGUGCAUGUGGUGGGGAAGGUUCUGGAACUUGUUGGAGGUGGGACGGGAGGGGCGGGGAUCUGCCUGGGACUUGAGGACACUGGGAUACGGACGUCUGGGAUUCUGUCGCUACUGGGGCUCAGCAACAUCGCGUCGUACAGGGCAUGCACCGCGGACGUCAUCUCCAUGUGGGAGGAGCUGGAAGAAAAGGAGGAGCUUAAACUUAAAGGAGCCAUGUCCAAAUUCAAGCUGAACACAAAGGCGACCCAGGUGUGUCACGUUGAUGACCUAGCACGGCUGGUCAGCAUGCACAGGAGGCUGACUGACAGCUCCAGCCAAUCGGAUUCGCUCCUGGCGUCCGGGGUUCCGGCAGUGAAGGAACUACACAAGCUGGAGUUUGAGCUCGGUCCAGAGGAUUGCACCCUGGCUCUGCCUAAGCUGUGGUCACUCCUGCCCGGCCUCAACAACCUACGCCAUCUUGAUCUGGAAAAAAGUGAGGUAGGAGAUGAAGGCGCUGAGGCACUGGCUGGGGUCCUGGUUUCCCUCUCCCACCUUGAGAUCCUAAAUCUAUCCCAGAAUGGUAUUGGAGACCCAGGGAUGUAUGAGCUGUCUCUGGUCCUGAUGAACCCAGCGUCACUGCGUUGUCUCAGUCUGUACAGUAACAUCAUCUCCGACGUUGGUGCCCACUGGCUGGCCACAGUCCUGCCUCUGAUGGUGUCCCUGACUGACCUAGAUGUGAAGUACAACAACCUGACGGACGUCGGGGCCCAGAGCCUUGGAGCCGUCCUGAAGAAGUGUCCCUCCGUGAAAAGCCUGAGGAUGUGGAACACGUGUAUCUCAUUUGCGGUAUUUGAACGACUUCAGAAACAGGACAGCAGGAUUGUGUGCCAUUAGAACACACCAGAC